AUGCUAAAAAUUAUCUUUCCCUCCAUCAUACUAAUCCCCCUGACCUGACUAUCAAAAAAUAGCAUAAUCUGAAUUAAUCCAACAAUGUAUAGCCUACUAAUUAGCCUUAUUAGUCUAUCCCUACUUAGCCAAUACAGUGACAACAGCACUAAUUUCUCACUCCUAUUUUUCUCAGAUGCUCUAUCAGCACCCCUACUGGUCCUAACAACAUGGCUACUACCCCUAAUACUAAUUGCCAGCCAGUCUCACCUUUCCAAAGAACCCCUUACACGAAAAAAGCUAUAUAUCACUAUACUAAUCCUACUACAAGUUCUCCUAAUCAUAACAUUCACUGCAUCAGAACUAAUCAUGUUUUACAUCCUAUUCGAGGCAACCCUAGUCCCUACCCUAAUUAUCAUCACCCGAUGGGGUAAUCAAACAGAACGACUUAAUGCAGGCUCCUAUUUCUUAUUUUAUACCCUAACAGGAUCUCUUCCCCUCCUAGUUGCACUUGUCUAUAUCCAAAACACGGUAGGCUCCUUAAAUUUUCUAAUUAUGCAGUACUGAAACCAACCCCUAAUAGACUCCUGAUCUAAUGCACUGCUAUGACUAGCAUGCAUAAUAGCAUUUAUAGUGAAAAUACCCCUAUACGGCUUGCAUCUAUGACUGCCUAAGGCUCAUGUAGAAGCCCCAAUUGCAGGGUCCAUAGUCCUAGCCGCAGUCCUGCUCAAACUAGGAGGCUACGGCAUACUACGCCUCACAGCUAUACUAAAUCCCCUCACAGAGUAUAUAGCAUAUCCAUUCCUAAUACUAUCCCUCUGAGGCAUAAUCAUGACCAGCUCCAUCUGCUUACGCCAAACUGACCUAAAGUCACUUAUUGCCUACUCCUCAGUUAGUCACAUGGCCCUGGUUAUUGUAGCUAUCCUAAUCCAAACUCCCUGAAGCUACAUAGGGGCUACCACCCUCAUAGUCGCCCACGGACUCACAUCCUCUAUACUUUUCUGUCUAGCAAAUACAAAUUAUGAACGUACCCACAGUCGAACAAUAAUUCUGGCGCGAGGCCUGCAAACACUACUACCUUUAAUAGCAAUAUGAUGAUUACUGGCAAGUCUCACUAACCUGGCCCUGCCCCCUACAAUUAAUCUACUUGGAGAACUGUUCGUAAUUAUAGCCUCAUUCUCCUGAUCUAACAUCACAAUUAUCCUAAUGGGAGCCAACAUGAUAAUCACAGCCCUAUACUCAUUAUAUAUGCUCAUCAUAACACAACGAGGUAAUCAUACCUACCAUAUCAACAAUAUUAAACCCACCUACACACGAGAAAACUCACUCAUAGCUUUACAUAUGCUCCCCCUACUAAUGCUAUCACUCAACCCUAAAGUCAUCAUAGGCUUCACAUACU